AUUUCUGUUGCAAGCUCUACUUUUUAUAUCCUGAUUGGCUGAUGAAUUUUAAAGGAAUAUGGCUAGCAAUUGAAUGACUGAAAUGUAAGCUGCAUGGAUACAUUUUCCACACAUCUCUGUACUUCUUAUAUCUCUGGCUCCUGUGAAUAGUACUGCGGCCACAGCUCAUUUGAUACUGCUGCAAUUUACAGAAUCAGAAUGUCCCAGCAAAAAUGCAUCGUGAUUUUUGCACUGGUUUGCUGCUUUGCGAUUCUGGUUGCGCUAAUAUUUUCAGCUGUGGAUAUUGUGGGAGAAGAUGAAUAUGGACUCACAGAAAAAAACUGUCAAAAUAACUGUCGAGUUGUUCUUGUGGAAAAUAUUCCUGAAGGCAUAAACUAUUCAGACAGUGCACCAUCCCAUUUGUCUCUUUUCCAGGGGUGGAUGAAUUUACUUAGUAUGGCUAAAGCAUCUGUUGACAUAGUGUCUUCCCAAUGGAACCUCAGUCACAGUCAUCCAACUUCAUGGCAGGGGCAGCAAAUUUUUGAAAAAUUGGAAGAAUUAUUGUCCCAAAAUAUUGAAAUCAAAUUAGUGAGUGAUAUUCUUCACAAGAACUCCAAAUUAUUAAAUGACUUGGAAAAAAAGGGUGCAGAAGUGAUAUAUGUAAAUUUAACUGCUUAUAAUGAUGGUCAUUUGCAGUCAUCAUUCUGGAUUGUGGAUAAGCAACAUGUGUACAUUGGAAGUGCCAGUUUAGAUUGGAGUUCACUGGGGCAGAUGAAGGAGCUUGGCAUCAUCGUAUACAACUGCAGUUGCCUGGUUUUAGAUUUACAAAGGAUAUUUGCCUUGUACAGUUCCUUGAAAUCCAAGAGCAAAGUUCCACCCACUUGGUCUAAAAGACUGUAUGCAGUGUAUGGCACUAAAAAUAAACUGUCUCUUAAGUUGAAUGAAACCAAGUCAGAAAUCUUUGUCUCAAAUUCUCCAAAACUCCUAUGCCCUAAAGACAGGACUUUGGAUACUGAUGCAAUCUAUAGUGUGGUAGAUAAUGCGGAACAGUUUAUAUAUAUAGCUGUUAUGGAUUAUCUGCCUAUUGUUAAUAUAAUAAAUGAGACAAGGUAUUGGCCUUUUUUGGAUGGAAAGAUCCGAGAAGCACUGAUUCUACGCAAUAUUAAAGUGCGACUCCUUAUAAGUUUCUCCAAAGAAACAAAUCCCCUCACUUUUAACUUUAUUUCAUCUCUUAAAGCAAUUUGCACUGAUGUUUCUGAUUGUAGUUUAAAAGUUAAAUUCUUUGAUCUUGAAUCAGAAAGUGCAUGUUUUAUUAAGGAGCCAAAAAACUCUUCUCUGCUCAAGUUAAAUCGCAAUAAAUAUGUGGUGACUGAAAGAGCUGCUUAUAUUGGUAAUUUUGACUGGGUUGGGACCUAUUUUAAUCAGAAUGCUGGAGCUGGUCUUGUCAUCAACCAUGCAGAUACAGGGAACAAAACCAGCAUAAUUAAGCAACUUAAAGCUGUGUUUGAAAGAGAUUGGUAUUCACAUUAUGCUAAAAGUUCAACAGCAAAGAUCUCAAACUGUCUAAUCUACAAACACAGCAAAGCCGCAGCCAAUAAGUCUUCCAUAAGCAAUAUGAACUGAUACCCCUUGUACUGUUCAGUAUUACAGCCAAGGGAGCAAUAGAAUAGGACUGAUGCUGAUUCCCACUUUCUUAUUUAUGGACAAUAGACUUUUUUAAAAAUUAAAAAAGAUUUAUAGUAAAAAAGCACACUUACAUAAAAUGUUCUUUAAACUAUAUUCUGUAUACUGUAUUAUUUACAAAUGUUAGAUUUGUUACUGCUGACAAUGAAUGUCUUUUCGGCUUUGCUGUUGGUUUGGACAUAUCUCAUUCAUAUUUAAAAGCAUGCUGGAUUCUUUAGUUUAAAGGUUAUUUCUACCUCUCUCUGCUAUAUAGUAAAAUGUAUAUACAAAGCAAGUUUGAUUAUGGAAAAAAAUUCUUAGAACAGUUUAUAGUAAGUGCAGAUUUCCCUCAAUCUCACAAUUUAAGUACACACAAAGCCUGUAUUGUAUAAAUAGUAUAUUCCCAGUUUAAGAUACUGAUUGUCUACCUGAAUUUAUAAUACUAUGUCCAAUCCAUUUAUAUUUAAAUGACCUAUUAUUACUUGAACCUCUAAAACAAAAUUGUAAAGGGAAUAGUUCUAAUCAACCAUAACUAUUACCUUCUGCCAGUCAUGCGCUAAUCUACU